CCACAGGAUUGAGGAUACAGAUCUGCCUGCAACUAUGUCGUAUCUGCAGCUCAAGUCUCUCGUCCUUUCUAUUCUGCUUCUGCAAUGUUGCUGCCCUGUGAUAUGUCACAGUAUGCGUUGCAUAAGACUGAGUGACUAUACCUACAAGCUAUCUGAGAAUGAGCUUGCCGGAAAAUGGACAUUAUCAGCAAGUAGCCAUGAAAAAUCCGACAUUUUUUUUAAUUACAUAUGGAUAGAUAUUGCGUUUACUGAUGGGCAGGCCAGGAUUCAAGUGGUUACUGAAUUAAAUGGUAACAUUAAAACAGACAAUAAAGAAAUGGAAAUAAUUAAAGAAAAUGGAAUCUAUAAAUUUGCAUCUAAGGAUAAAGAACAGUCAAUCAACAUCUACCCCAUGACUAAUGAUGAAAUUCUUGUAACAUGGAGCGGUUUUCUUCAAUCAGUCUCUGAAGGAUCCGUCAUGCUGUUCUCCCGAAAAAUUGGAAUUGGUAAAAACAUUCUUGAUGAGUUUAAUGAUCUAUCAUACUGCCUGCAACACAAUAUUGUUCAAUUGUAUAAUAGCCCCAUCACUUAUGGUGAAUUAUGUAAAGCGAAUAAACUUAAAUUGAUAAAGCCACUGGAUGCAAUUAAGGAGUCAGGGAGAUGGGAGAUGGUAGCAUAUGCACAUAAGAAACAUGAGGAUGAGGCACAGACUCUCAGUAGCGUUAUUGAAUUUAUCCGUGAGGGAAACAAAGUUAUUAUGUCUGAAAGACAGCAAAACGGUGAUAUGAAACAGAGUAACGUCACAAUUUCAGAAGACGGUGUGGAACUUAAAAACGGUUUGUACACAUACUUAUUUUAUGAGACGUGCGCUGAGUGUCUGAUUGUGGCCGCCAUAAAACAUGAAAGCAGAAUACGCAGUGCAUACCUAUACACACAAACAGGGAUGACCAAAAAAGAAGAACUGGAAAAAUUCAAAUCCCAAGCAAUAUGUGAGGGUUUUACACAAGUACAUGACAAAAGAGGCUAUGGAGAAUACCCAGACAACUGUGAUGGUUAUGAACCGUUACAAGGCAAAGUUACAAUAAGCAAGUUUUUAGGAGAAAGGAGCAUGAUUUUCAAUGCUUAUAGGCACAAAGAGCAUGCACUUUUAGAACCAAAUAUGACAUCCGUUUUAAUAGAUUAUGAGCAGCAAGACAAGAAACUGAAAGGGGUCUAUCUGGUGUACUCUUUGGGAUCGGUGCAGCGAUAUGAUACCACCAUCUUUGCAGAAGAAGAAAAUGGAACCUUUGUUUGGAGAGAUGCUAACCUUAAUGUACCUAUCACUGUCCAUGCAACUGGCAAAGACUGUUUGGCGUUUACAUUUGCUACACCUGUUGGAACACAGUCUGUCGCAACUAUGGCUCUAUACUGUGGACCAAACCCUGUUACAGAUUCAGAUAUCCGUUUGUAUUUACGUCAUGCAGUUUGUGAGAACUAUCCCUAUGUGGUAUUAAGGAAUGACCCUAUAAGAGAAGUUUUUUCCUGCUUUAACUUUGCUCGAGUGGCUGAAGAUCUAAAGGUAGAAAAGAUUUUGGGAAGAUGGAAUUAUGCUGUAGCUGCAUCUAAUGCCCCAAGAAAUAAGCCUUCAGAAGGGGGAUGGAUAUCAUUUGAGUCUGAGGAUGGGAAAGUCAAAUACACAGAUUCUUUGGGACUUUACAAUGGCACACCAGUGCAAGUGAACAAGGGAAUAUUACAUUUUGCAGGUGAUGGGCAGAAACACUUGGGAACUUUUUAUGAAACGGCUGGUGAUUCUCUCCUGCUGAACACCAUGGAAGGAAAUGCUGCUUCUUUUAUCCUUUUUACCAAAUCUGGAAGUGCACCAGCUGAUCAGAUUAAGCAGGUUAAACAUUUCGCUUCCUGCCUUAAACUGCCAGUAAUAUAUACACAUAACUAAAGACAAGAAACGUUGCUGAUAGUUGCCAGCAUUAAAGAUGGAAGAUCAGUAUAGCUAAACUUGAAAAAGGAUCUAAUAAAAACUAUAAAUAAAAUGAA